AUGUUGACUUUGAUGUUCACUAUGAUGAUGUUGAGUCUCAACCAGACAGGAGUGACAGAGUUUAUACUGGAAGGGUUCUCAGAGCACCCUAAUCUAAGACUUUUCCUGACAGUCUGCUUCCUAUCCCUCUACAUGAUGGCACUAAUGGGCAACAUUUUGAUAAUUUCUUUAGUCACCUCCAGCACUGGGCUCCACAAUCCCAUGUACUUUUUCCUGUGCAAUCUGGCCACCACAGAUAUUCUCUGCACCUCCUCUGUGAUUCCAAAGGCCCUGGUUGGCCUAGUGUCUGAGGAAAAUAUCAUCUCCUUCAAAGGAUGUAUGGCCCAGCUCUUCUUCUUUGCAUUGUCAGCAUCCUCUGAGCUGGUGUUGCUCACAGUCAUGGCCUAUGACCGCUAUGUGGCCAUCUGCUUUCCCCUGCACUACAGCUCUAGGAUGAGUGCACCAGUGUGUGGGGAACUAGCAGUAUGUGUAUGGGCCAUCGGUGCUGUAAAUGCAUCUGUGCACACUACUCUGAUGAGUCAGCUGUCAUUUUGUGGACCAAACAUCAUCACCCACUUCUUCUGUGACAUUCCCCCACUCCUCCUGCUCUCCUGUAGCCCCACAUAUGUAAAUAGCAUUUUGACUCUUGUGGCAGAUGUCUUUUUUGGAGGUAUCAACUUCGUGCUAACCCUGUUAUCUUAUGGCUGCAUCAUUGCCAGCAUCCUGCGCAUGCGUUCUGCUGAGGGCAAGAAGAAGGCCUUUUCUACCUGCUCAUCCCACCUCAUCGUGGUCUCUGUGUACUACUCAUCUGUGUUCUGUGCCUAUGUCAGCCCUGCUUCCAGCUACAGCCCAGAAAGAAGCAAAGUUUCCUCAGUGCUGUACUCAAUCCUCAGCCCAACCCUGAACCCCCUCAUCUAUACACUGAGGAACAAGGAUGUCAAGCUUGCCCUGGGCAGAAUAUUGGCCUCUUUCUCACAUUAA